AUGUCAUCUCCGGAAGAACUAAUUGCAGAGGCAACCAAAAAGACAAAGAAGAGCUCGGGCUUUCUGUCAUCUUUUUUUGGCAGUUCACAGCAAUCUAAAUAUGAAGAUGCAGCUGAUCUUUAUGUAGAAGCUGCAAACCUAUAUAAAUUGCAGAGAAGAAGUGCAGAGGCAGGACAUACAUUUGAAAAAGCGGCAGAGUGCCAAAAGUUGGCCGAAUCCCCUGACGAGGCUGCAAAUACACUUGUGGAAGCAUAUAAAGCAUAUAAGACAGAAGUUCCGAUAGAGGCGGCUCAAUGCUUGGAGAAGGCAAUUAUAAUGUUCGUGAAACGUGGUCAAUUUAGACGAAGUGCAACGUUUAAAGCUGACUUGGGAGAAAUGUAUGAAAAUGAGUUGCAUGACGUGGCGAAAGCUAUAAAGAGCUAUGAAGAUGCAAGUGAAUGGUAUAAGGGUGACUCCGCAAAUGCUUUAGCAAACAAAUGUGCCUUGAAAGCAGCCGAUCUUUACUGUGACGACAGUAUACAUGAUUACGCUAAAGCUGGACAAGUGUACGAAUCUAUCGCCAAGGAUUCUCUUAAUAACAACCUUGCAAAAUGGUCCUUGAAGGAAUAUUUUCUAAAGGCUAUUCUUUGUCGUUUAGCUGAUGGAAAUGAUUAUGCGAGCGCCAGUGCAUGUUUGAACAGAUUUAAGCAAUGGGAUCCAAGCUUUGAGACAACAAGGGAAUGUGAAUUUUCUACGAAGCUUAUCGAAGCUGUAAAGGAAGGAAACCCAGAUUCUGUGGCCACAGCAUCGAGAAACUUUGACAAGUUUUCAAGACUAGAUGGAAUGAAGGUGAGAAUUCUUAAUAAAAUUAAGGGCAACAUUGUGGAAGCACCAGACCAAUUGGAGGAGGACUUCACCUGA